AGAUGUCUGAGCAGGCGGGGAGGGAGCGGAGCGGAGGACUCGAAUCAAGCUCGCAGGACUCGCAACUCUCUGCUGUGUAAACAGUCAAGGUCGAUGUCACUCUGACGAGCAGCUGAGAUGUCCAAUGACAGCCAAGGAUUGGUGAAGGGGGAGGCGGCCGCUACUAUAAUGCCUCCCUCUAGUUCCACCUCUGCUCAGGGAACGCCCCUUUCUCCAUCCACCACCUCCAAAACACCUGAGCUACCAGACGAGUUGGUCCAGGCCGGAUGGUCCAAGUGCUGGUCUCGAAGGGAGAACCGGCCGUACUACUUCAACAGAUUCACUAAUCAAAGCCUGUGGGAGGUUCCAGUUCUGGGUCAGCAUGAUGUCAUUUCCGAUCCUUUAGGUCUGAAUGCAGCUCCUGCAGAGGGGGGCGACAGUAACGUAGGCAAUGGUCAGAGGAAGAGGAGGAGCUCUGAAGAGCAAGGGGCGGGGCCUAACAGUUUAAAACGUGCAAAGGUGGAGCCCACCACGCCCAUCUCUCCCAGCGCCCCUGGAGUCAAACCCUGGAGUGCCGCCUCUGAGGACAAACAGGCCCAGACAGCCACACCUACAACCACAACCCCUAGCCCCGCCCCUGCCCCAUACCGACCAGCUGUGAUCUACUGGGAUCUGGACAUCCAGACCAAUGCCGUGAUCAGAGAGCAGCCCCCUGCCAGUCACCUGCCUCCACACCCCGAGAUUGAGCUGCAGCGAGCACAACUGGUCACCAAGCUGAGGCAGCACUACCACGAGCUGUGCCACCAGAGAGAAGGUAUUGAUCCGCCGCGGGAGUCGUUCAAUCGUUGGCUGCUGGAGAGAAAAGUAAUUGAUAAAGGCCACGACCCGUUACUGCCGAGCGACUGUGAGCCCAUCGUCUCCUCGUCUAUGUUUAGAGAGGUGAUGAACGACAUCCCCAUCAGGUUGUCUCGUAUCAAGUACAAAGAGGAGGCCCGAAAGCUGCUGUUUAAGUACGCUGAAGCUGCCAAGAGGAUGAUUGACUCCAGGAAUGCGAGUCCAGAGAGCAGGAAGGUGGUGAAGUGGAACGCCGAGGACACUAUGAACUGGCUGCGCAGAGAUCACUCCGCCAGCAAAGAGGACUACAUGGACCGUCUGGAACACCUGAGGCAGCAGUGCGGUCCUCACGUCACCGCCGUCGCCAAAGACUCGGUGGAGGGAAUCUGCUCCAAGAUCUACCAGCUUUCUGCAGAGUACAGCCGCCGCUUGCGGCAGACACACCUAAGCCUGCUGCAGGACCCACCCGCAGAGACAUGUGCUUCGCCGCCACAGUCCCGGUUGGUCUACUGUUACCCAGUUCGACUAGCGACCCCGACGCCGCCCCUCCCCCGAGUCGAGCUGCACUUUGAAAAUGAUGUGGCGUGUCUGCGCUUCAGAGGGGAGAUGGUCAAAGUCAACCGAGGUCAUUUCAGCAAGCUGGAGUUGUUGUACAGGUACAGCUGUAUUGACGACCCUCGCUUUGAGAAGUUCCUGUCAAGAGUUUGGUCCCUCCUCAAAAGAUACCAGGGGAUGUUUGGCAGCAGCGUUAACGAAGGGACGGGUCUGCAGGGGGCGCUGCCAGUGUCUGUGUUUGAAGCGUUGAACCGACAGUUUGGAGUUUCCUUUGAGUGUUUUGCAUCCCCGCUCAACUGCUACUUUAAACAGUUCUGCUCCGCCUUCCCCGACAUUGAUGGCUUCUUCGGAUCCAGAGGGCCGUUCCUGUCCUUCAGACCAGUCAGCGGCUCGUUCGAAGCAAAUCCUCCUUUCUGUGAGGAGCUAAUGGAUGCCAUGGUGAUACACUUUGAGGAGCUGUUGGACCAGUCCUCAGAGCCUCUGUCCUUCAUUGUUUUUGUCCCUGAGUGGAGAGAUCCAGUAACUCCGGCUUUGACCCGCAUGGAGGGAAGCAGAUUUCUGCGACACCAGCUGAGUGUUACGGCAUACGAGCACGAGUACCGAUCUGGGAGUCAGCACAUCUGCAAGAGGGAUGAGAUGUACUACCGGGCAGUACAUGGGACCGCGGUAUUUUUCCUCCAGAACGAUGCCGGUUUUGCGAAGUGGGGUCCAACUCCGGAGCGUUUGACCGAGCUGAUGGCAGCUUACCGCCCAACUUUGUCCCGCACCUCCUCUCUGUCAUCUCCUGGCCCCGCCCACAUUUCCCCUACAGAUAGAGACUCUGCUCCUAAGGCCUCUGACAGAACACAGAGCGACGUGGUGUCACCUAGUGGCCAUGACGACAACAACAACAAUGGUAGCAGCAGCAGUAGCAGCAGCAGCAGUCCUCAAGAUAAGCUAGCUGCUGUAUAGAAGGACGGGGCUUGUAGUGACCAUGCUCCUGGUGUAUGUUUUCUGAAGCCAUCUUGUCCUUUAGAUUGUCUCUCACCAGCACCUGUAGCGCCCCUGAAAGCCCUCCAUCUGUUGGCUCUUGUGAUUGGUUGAAUCUCUGGAACUACAUGCAGCUGAUUCAUGUCCAGGUGUGGCACCUGUACCUGAAAAACUUAGGCAGAAGCAGGUGUGUCACAGCUCCACCAAUAACAAGCCACCUGGGAUGUCAUGUGGCUGGGGAGGAUUCUGAUUGGCUCUCAGUGGACUUGGUGAUUGUUUGGCUAGGCAGCUAUCGUUUCUAAAGAACUCAUCUUUCUUUGACUCGGACAGAAUCUGGAGGACUUCUGCCUCUUCAGAAGGACGGAGUGGAAGCGUUAGAGCUGGAUUCAGACUGGUGAGCGAGGACAGAAGGGGUGGGGUUAAAGAUGGUGCGGAGCUGCAGGAGACUCUCCAGGUCUCGUUCCUCAUUCAGAGUCAUGUUCAUGUGUUUAAGAUAAACAUCACGUUUUGAUGACCGCUAGUUAACAUUAAUGUUCUGUAGCCUCUAUGUCAUGUGACCUCUUUAAAAAAAAUCUAUUUUCAUAAAUAUGAAGAUGUUUUAUUAAAUGUAUGUGUUGACAUUUUUUUUAUUAUUAUUAUGGUUGUUUGAUUUUUCUAUGUUGCGUUAUUAUUUGGACAGUUUUAUUCAAAGUUUGGGAUGGUUCAGUCUGGUUUAGUCCAGUUCAGUCUGUGGACUUUUGGCUCCUCCCACUUCUCUCUGACUCUGCAGCAGCUGUCUGCUUUCCAAUUUGGCUGAUGGUGGACCUAUCAGACGUCUGUCUCCGUGUAAAUACUGUACAGUUGGACUGAUUUGAGGUCUGUUGAUGUUGUUUUUUUAUUUGAUCUAAUUUAACCUUUUUAAAGAGAUGAGAUGUGUUUGUGUUCUUCCAGAACCCAAGUUUGUUUUAACCAGAACCAAAGUGUGAUGAUGGUGCAGAACGUGUGUACAGUAGAGUGUAUAACAUAGUAUAGUCGUGCAUGAACAUGUAUGGGCUGUAAACCAGAACGACUGCCGUCAUGUGACCAACACGUUACUUCCUGUCACCUGAUCUGAUGACGUUGUAAGGAGACCAAAAAUGAAGUGGAGACAUUUUAUUGGUCCCAUCACAAACUACAGCCCAUCUAAUGUUAAUCAUCAUUCUGAUGAUGAAGAGCAUGUUUCCACGGAAACGCCACCUGACGUAUUCUCUCCUUUUGAUUCUUGAAUCAGAAACUAAAAACGUCUCCAGUUUAUUUUCAGUCUGAUACAUGUUUUGUUGUUUUUUGUUUGUUUUUUUUUCUUUGUCUGUGGCACUGGUGGUGUCUUGUUGAACUGCAGAGGAUCAGACCUCGGCCCGUUCCAGGGUCCUCUCAGCUGCAGAGUGUAAAUACAACCUGUCCUUCAUCCUGCCUGCAGACAAACUGCAGCUUCUCAGUAAAAAAUAUCAGAAUGAAGCCAGACCUCCUUGUCAUUUUGCCCCUGUCGCAUCAUCACCGUCAGGGGCAGGGCAAAAGAAGCAGAACCUCCACUCAGGCUUGGUGGGGUCUCCUGUGAUGGUUCUGGUGUUUGUCAUCAGGUGUUAAGGGUCUGAGCACACUCGGGUCAGCAGCAGAUGUGUAGAACAGGAAGUUACUAAAAACUACUAAUAGCUGUUUCUAGACUAAAUUUAGGCUUUGACAUCAUCACGUAAUGACCUCAUAUCGGACCUAUACACAGACUGACUCAGUUGCUGGUUGUGGUUGCCUUGGUAACAAGAUACAGGUUAAACACAUUCUCGUGUAGUGGUUCAGCCAUCUGGAUAGAAAUGUGGAUACUUACCAAGUCAACAGUUCAUUCACACAAACAUCAUGAGAACAAGAAAAUACCUAAAAAUGGAGCUAGAACACCUGAAACUGGAGGUAAAAAACAGACCUUACAUCAUUAUGGUAAACUGAAGAAAAUUAAAUAACACUAUCAAUGAUUUAUCGUUCAUUAAUUGGUUGCAUAUUUAGUUUAUCUAACAGCUACUGCCUGAACAAAAUGCGCCUGAAUGAGUUAGAAAUUGAUAUGUAUUUUUUUAUUUGCAGGAUUACAACAGAUAAAUAAUCACAAUAUGGGCUAUACUUGUGAGCUGCUGACAUGUGAGCAAAUUUUGUUUAAUGUUUAAAAAAAAAAAAAAAACACUACAAACAUAUUUCAGCUCAACUUUACACAGCUUGACAAAUAAUCAUGGUUACCCUUCAUGGCUGGUCAGAAAUCUGAUCAAUAUGCAUCCCACUGGGUCCCAGUAGAUCCAGUGAGUCUAAAACUGGGUACCAAAUUUCAGUGAAAAAGGUCAGUCUUUCCAGUGGAAGAAUUCUGAGUACCAGUCCUGCAGUGUGGCUGAGCUCUUGGAAAUCCAGUGUUUCACGAUAACUUCUUGCAACAUAAAACAAGUCACAUUGUUGUAGCAUUGUAUUUUUUUUUUUUUUUUUUUUUUUUUUUUUUGUGAGGUACAUCAGCUGCUAAUAUACAGUGAACGGGAUAACUCGAAGUUUUACCCAAUAAAGAUAAUUAUUUUGCUGAUGA